AGGCCAAAACGCUAUCAUCCUCAUGUUCGAGCGGAACGCAAACAAUGAGGCACUAGCCUCUAAUAUCCUCCUGUUUUCGAGUCACGUCAGGGUAUCUUUCUUUCUACUACAUUCUUCAGCAACACAUUCGACACUAUAGCCUCUAUGCUACUGUUUCCAUUAUCCGAUAUCAAGGUAGUCGUCUGUGGAAUGGCUACAAUUGCAGCUUCCGUGGGAUAUGCUUGCUCUCGGAGGCUUUCAGUUCAGACGCCAACUACGGAUCGCAACGAUGUCCCUGACUCGGAGCAAGGUGAAGAGUCAGUGGAAGAAAGCCCAGCGGAUGCGAAUAGUAAUGAUUCCGCUCGGCGAAUCUCUUUGAAGCGCAAACAAAUGCAUGACCAUGACGAGAACAAUAAUGAUCUCGAAUAUCCGCAUAACCUGUCAUCUAUUUACCCCAAUAAGCGGAAUAGGACCCCGCCUAUUUCUGAUGAGGAUGACGAGCGUGUGUCUGUGGACCCUGAUGUUUCCCAGCAAGAUCGUGCGCCGGUUGCCGAAUUUGCUGCUGUCGACACCACGAACAAGGAUACGGCCCAGGAAGCAGCCAACAGCCUCGAAGCGCCUCUUUUCACAGAAGAAGCAGCAGCGACUACCAAGGCUAGCUCUGGGCCUACGAAACUUUCUGAUAGGGCCUCCCUUGAUGCUGUCGAGGAUGCCCCGGCCGUCGCCUUGAAGGCUGAGGCUACGAAGCCAGUCAUCCCGCGGCCCAUGCUCUCGAAGCCCAGGCGCAGCCCUAUCAAGUCCACUGGCGGCGGCUUCGCAUCGUACUCUGGCACGGUCUCGCCUUUCAAGACUAUCAAAGCAGGUUCUAGUACGACGUCAAUAUGGUCUCACAAAAAUGUCAAUUCGACGACAGAUCGCGCAACGAUUGAUCGGCCUUUGGGUCCCCCAACCGAGGCUCCUCGAGAGUCAACCGUACCUCAUCUCACCGGAGAAGAAGAUGAAGAAGUAGCGAGCGAUAUUAAGGGCGUGAGGCUAUACAUCAAGCGAGGGGAGAGAGAUUUUACUUCUGGCAUGCUGGGACAUGUCAAGCUGCUUUCCAAUAAGACAUCUCAAAAUCAGAGACUGCUCCUGCGCCGCGACCCAUUGUGGCAGGUAACGAUGAAUGUCCGCCUCACCCCCGCCGUCAAGUGCAUCUUCGAUGAAGAAGACAGUUCCCUUCGUGUCAUCCUAGCUGAAACCAUUGAACGGGAAGACGUUCCAGUUGAACAGUGGGCUCGCGAGGUCGUUGUUUACGCGCUCAAGCCAGGAAGGUCCUGCUCGAAACAGGACUUCCGAGAAUUUGCCGCAUCGCUGCUGGCCAGCACUAGCUUGAAAACAUAGACCCUCGAUUUAAAUAUUGUAUGCGGGCCGCAGCCUUGUUCAUAA